UCGGCUUUGACGCGGGUCGUCCCUGCUGUUGCUCCCCGGUCUCCAGUGUGGAUUUACAUACCUUGAUUUCCGUGGGACUGGGAAGCGAAAGACGAGGGUGGUGAGUCUUUCAGGAACUGAGGAAACAGCCACAAACAGCGUUAUUUAACACAUUUACAACUUGUAGCCCAGCCGUUGAUCCUAACGUUCGUCGGAAUAACAUUUACGGUACUUUUCUGCGCUUCUUUCGGCUCUCCGCGGUACUCUCACUGGGUUAUUUUACUAGUCUGGAGGAGGGCAGGGAGGUUUUCGGAGAAGUCUGGAAGCAGUUUAAAUUGAACCCGGUUUGAAGGGCUGUGGCCAUGGCCGGGGGUGGUGGGGUUUCUCCUUUGGGGCCCGCACCGCCGAUGUGGUAUCACCGGGACCUGAGUCGAGCGGCGGCCGAGGAGCUGCUAGCCCGGGCCGGGAGAGACGGCAGCUUCCUGGUGCGGGACAGCGAGAGUGUCAACGGGGCUUACGCUUUGUGUGUACUGUUUCAGAAGCAUGUCCACACAUACAGAAUCCUCCCAGAUGAUGACGGAUUUCUGGCUGUACAGACAUCUCAGGGCGUGCAGCCGAAGCGGUUUAAGACGUUACCAGAGUUGGUGUUGUUGUACCUGCAGCCCAGCCAGGGUCUGGUCACCACCCUGCUUUACCCUGUGGACAGAGAGGAAACAGCUUUCAGUGACGACAGGGACUAUUCAGAUGGAGAAGAUGAGAAGCCACCCCUCCCCCCUCGCUCUGCCUCCACCUCCACUCCCCCCGGACCAGACACACCCACAGAGAGUGCCCCAGCAGCUAAUGGCCUGAGCACCAUCUCCCACGAGUACCUGAAGGGCAGCUAUGCUCUGGACCUAGAGGCAGUCAAACAGGGAGCCUCCUCCCUGCCUCACCUCAACAAGACACUAGUGUCCUCCUGCAAACGCCUUAACGGGGAGGUGGAUAAGGUUCUGUCUGGCCUGGAGAUCCUGUCUAAAGUCUUUGAUCAGCAGAGUGCUUUCAUGGUCUCCAAGAUGAUCCAGCAGUCGGUGAAUCAGGGUGGAGACCAGGAGUUAGAGAACCUUGUGACCAAGCUGGCGAUUCUCAAAGACCUGCUGUCCUCCAUCGAGAAGAAGGCUCUGAAAGCUCUCCAGGACAUGAGUUUGUCCUCUCCAUGCUCCCUUCCUCCUCUCUCCAUGCGGCACAGCAAAGCCAUCCCGGUGCAGGCCUUUGAGGUAAAGCUGGAUGUUUACCUGGCAGAGCUGACAAAGAUAGGAAAGAGUCAGAAGUACACUCUGUCGGUGGACGUGGAGGGAGGACGGCUGGUAGUGAUGAAGAAGGUGAAGGACAGCCAAGAGGACUGGACCACCUUCACACAUGACAAAAUCCGUCAGCUGAUCAAGUCUCAGCGGGUGCAGAAUAAACUGGGCAUUGUUUUUGAGAAGGAGAAGGACAAGAGCCAGAGGAAAGACUUCAUCUUCGCUAGUGCCAAGAAGCGGGAGGCAUUUUGCCAGCUGCUGCAGCUGAUGAAGAACAAACAUUCCAACCAAGAUGAGCCAGACAUGAUUUCCAUUUUCAUAGGCACCUGGAAUAUGGGCUCAGUGCCGGCGCCCAAGUCUCAAGCCUCAUGGGUGUUGUGUCGCGGCCUCGGGAAGACUCUGGACGAGAUGACAGUCACCAUCCCUCAUGACCUUUAUGUGUUCGGAAGCCAAGAAAACUCUGUGUGUGAUCGGGAGUGGGUGGAGUCACUGCGGGCCAUGUUGAAAGAACAGACAGAACUGGAUUAUAAACCGAUCGCAGUGCAAACUCUGUGGAACAUAAAAAUUGCUGUGUUGGUGAAACCUGAGCACGAGAACCGGAUCAGCCACGUGGGAAUGUCCAGUGUCAAGACCGGCAUCGCCAACACACUGGGUAACAAAGGAGCUGUGGGUGUGUCCUUUAUGUUCAACGGGACGUCUUUCGGCUUUGUGAACUGUCACUUGACGUCAGGGAAUGAGAAGAUUGCCAGGAGGAACCAGAACUACCUGGAUAUCCUACGCUUGCUGUCACUAGGAGACAAACAGCUGAGCUCCUUCGACAUCUCACUGCGCUUCACGCACCUCUUCUGGCUGGGAGACCUCAACUACAGGCUGGAUAUGGACAUACAGGAGAUCUUAAACUACAUUAACAGGAAGGAGUUUGAGCCCCUGCUGAAGGUGGACCAGCUCAACCUGGAGAGGGAGAAGAACAAAGUCUUUCUACGCUUUGCGGAGGAAGAAAUUUCGUUCCCACCCACCUACCGUUAUGAACGUGGCUCAAGGGACACGUAUGUCUGGCAGAAGCAGAAGGCCACAGGGAUGAGGACUAAUGUUCCAUCCUGGUGUGACAGGAUCCUGUGGAAGUCAUACCCAGAAACACACAUUGUCUGCAACUCCUAUGGCUGUACAGAUGAUAUAGUGACCAGUGAUCAUUCCCCUGUGUUUGGUACCUUCGAGGUCGGGGUGACCUCCCAGUUUGUCUCCAAGAAAGGUCUACCAAAGUCUUCAGAGCAGGCCUACAUUGAGUUUGAGAGCAUUGAGGCCAUAGUGAAGACGGCGAGCAGGACCAAGUUUUUCAUCGAAUUCUACUCCACUUGUCUGGAAGAGUUUAAGAAGAGUUACGAGAACGACAGUCAGAGCAGCGACAACGUCAACUUCCUGCGCGUGGGCUGGUCCAACAAGCAGCUAACGACGCUCAAACCUCUACUCUCAGAGAUCGAGUACCUGCAGGACCAACAUCUGCUGCUGACGGUGAAAUCGCUGGACGGAUACGAGUCCUACGGAGAGUGUGUGUUGGCUCUGAAGUCUAUGAUCGGCAGCACAGCACAGCAGUUCCACACCUACCUUUCCCACCGUGGCGAGGAAACUGGAAAUAUCAGGGGGUCCAUGAGGGUCAGAGUCCCCUCGGAAAGGAUGGGGACGAGGGAGAGACUCUACGAGUGGAUCAGUGUGGACAAGGAUGAGACAGGUGGACCUAAAGGGAAAUCCACUUUGGUAUCCAGAGUGGGACAUGAAUACGUCAAGCCAUCUGUGGUUCGCAAACAACUUGGAGAGCUGGGAAAAGUCAGUGAGGAGGGAGAAAGGAGCAUCAAGGAGGAAACUGCUGCUAGGCCUAAACAGGAUGCACCAGACGGGGAUCCAUCCAUCUGCAAGAAUAGCUACAAUAAUCCCGCCUACUACAUCCUGGAGGGCGUCCCCAACCAGUCGGCGGCUGCUCUUUCGCCUGAACUUCUUCCAUCUCCUACCUCCGCAAACCCCCAGGUAGCUAAAGCCCCUCCUUCCUUAGCUGGAGCUCGAACCAAACCCUUCUAUGUGGCCUCAGCGCCCUCUCACCUACGCAGACCCAUGACGGGGCACCCGGUCCGCGCAAUCAGCGAGGAGGGCUCCUCGGAGGACGAUGGAGGCGUCUGUGUAGCAGGAGCGCAGGGGGUUGGUGUCGGGACAACAGUUGGAAGCACACUGAAUCGACCCCCUCCUGACUUCCCCCCUCCUCCUCUCCCUAAGGGAGCGCUGGAGAUGGUUGCAGAGGCCCCUUUCUCGAAACCUCGCCCUCUUUACCCAGAUCUAGCCGAAGUCAGGAUCCCAGCAGCCAGUCCUGCUGCCCCGCUGGCUCUCGGAGAGGGUUUUAGACGAGGAGGAGGAGGAGGAGGACCAGGAGGACCAGGAGGACCAGGGGCGUUGGACGACCAGUCGUGUUCUGUGCUCCAGAUGGCAAAGACACUGAGUGAGAGUGAGUUUCCUGGGCAACCUCCACGCGCUCCGUCUGCGCCGCCUCUCAGAGGGCAGCCGAUGGGUUUUGGUCUGGACGCCUGCCGAACCUUCCCGCCCAGAAAUGCCAUCACAGAGAGUAUCGCAGAGGAUAUGCCUGAGGAGGCACUUUGGGGCAGCAGUAGCUCGUCUUUGUCUGUUGGGGAAUCCUCAGUGGGGGAGUGGCUGCAGAGACUGGGAAUGGAGAGGUAUGAGAAAGGUCUUCUACACAACGGCUGGGACGACCUGGAGUUCCUCAGUGACAUCACUGAGGACGACCUGGAGGAGGCGGAAGUGUUCGACCCCGCCCACAAGCGAAUCCUGCUGGAGAGCCUCAGGCAGCAGCAGCCACAGAAGUAAAACUGUUUCAAACUGGCCCGGUACCACACCGGGUCCAAAGAGGCCAAAACCUCAGCUGAACUGAACUGAGCUGAGCUGAGCUGGAAAGUGCCAAUCGAUGCCAGACUGUGCCUUCUGAGAGAACUUGCACUCCCAUUGGAAAUUUCAAAAAACACUUGUAGAACUACCAUCUUUUUUCACAUGUACUGUAUGUGUGUUGUCGUGGCCUUAUUUAAUGAGAAUCAUUUCAGUCCUUCCAGCGUCACUACGUAACCCUCUUCUCGAAACCUCGUGAGAAGAUGCAGGAUGAGAAAAUAUAAUUUUUCUGGCCAGACAUAUGAGAUAUGACUCGCUCGUAGAGUAGCUGAUGCCUUGAUGUUGGACCAUCACUUCUGACCUGCAGCUUCAAGACCUGAGAAGCUUUUAACUGACGAGUUGCUGACUUUAAGACUCCUCGGAUGUGGGGAACUUUCAGUUUUAAAGUAAAAUGAAAAGUGCGUGCUCUUCUAUGACUCUCUGGUUCCCCCCCCCCCCUAAUGAUCACAGUUUGGGAAACUGUGUGGGAAUUGUUAGAUAGCACUCCAGGGUAAUGUCAGCCCACAGCUCGGGCAGAGGAACGCUCUCGCUUCUGUGAUGAAGGCGGACAGGAAGUGACACUCAUGUCAGACUAAAGCGAGCUCAACUCGCAUUUCUCUAAUUUUGUAUUUUUUUGUGAUAAUGUUUGGGCCAUUGUUGUUUAAAUGGUCAGUGAUUCUGCAUGUAUUUAUGGUUUUAUGUUUGUUUUUUUGUGUUUAAUGUUAAAGGGAAUAUGGAGCAAACCAACCAAACCGGUCCCGGUGGAGCUAAAAGUGCAUAUUUCACCGUGGUACAACGUUUGAGUGACUGUGAUAGCCAUCAGCACCCCUGACCUGUGAUGUGAUGUGAUUUGAUUUUUUUCACACUCAACACUGAGAUUUCAUCUUUUUUCUCUGACAAAUUGUGACAAGUUGAUUAUAUUAUUAGAAUUGAGAAUUAUACAUGAGGUAAUGAAUGUUGUACCAAAGUGAAAUAUUACUCUGAAGGUUUUCCCCCAGCACAUUUCAUGCUUACACUUUAAUUGUCUGUAAAUUUUAAUUUACAGAAGAAGGCAAAUCUUAUUUUAGAAUGUAAUGACCCAGGUUUGAUGGGCUUUAUGUCUAUUUCAUUUUAAAUUGUGUAAAUGGAGCAGUGUUCAGGGAAUUAGUUAACAUAGCUAAAUAGAUUAUUACUAACUACUAAUGAUUCUUCGACAGAAGAUUUAGUAAGCCAUCAUGUUGUCAUUUGUAAAUUCAAAACCAUUCGUCACCGAAAUGUUAUUUUCCUGUAAUACUGUCUAGAGACAUUUUGGGGAUUUUUUUGAUUUUGAUGGUUCUGUUAUUACAUUGCUAGAGACACAGUCUUAGGGUCAUGACAUAUGUUGUACUCUUGGGAAGAGAUGCCUCCUCUCAUGAUGCAUUAAAAACAGAAAAGCCAGGUUUCUGCAGGACACAGGUGGCUGUUGUUCCCUGAUGUAACCAGCAGGUGGUGCUGCUACUCCAUAAACCCCACCAGUAGGUUUGAUGCUUACUGUGGAAACUUUGGAACAAACAAGAUACAACCAAGUCAUGUUCAGUGAAGGGAGUUGGGUAGAUAUUGUUCUUGAGCAGUUAAAACCAUAGAGUUAACAUACCAGUUAGGGUUCACAUUGCCUUUUUAUUUGUUCUUAAUUUAAAUCCUGCCUCCUCUUCUGCCUGUGAAGCCAGUACAUAGUUGUUUUAAGAGAUGCUGGUGUGGCCUCAAAAGUAGAACUCUAAACUCUCUAUGAAUGUGUUUUUGCAUAAUUGGGACAAAAUAUGUGAUUGUAGCAGUUUCAUUCAUGUCUGUUUCUCCUAUUUCCUUGUGACCCAAAAACAACCUUGAAUUAUGUUGCUCUCAUACAACCUUACAAGUUAUGUGUUGCACAAUGUGUGUAAUUUUUCUAACAGUCAAACAACCGUAAUGCGGAGAAUGUGGUUUAGACGUGUUCAAUUUGAUGUCUUUUUAAGCCCCUUUGGCCUCUCCGUGUUCUCAGUUAUGAGUGUGUGUGUGUGUGUGUGUGUGUGUGUGUGUUUGUAUUUGUGUGUGUGCAUGAGUGAAAAAGAGACACACUUUAUCUUCCUUCAUGUAGUCGCCUCUUUUGGUUAUGUUAAGUUAAUGUAAGAUGUUCGCCCAUGUAAUUUUUUUCAAUUAAAAUCUAAUAUCUUUCCUUAUUUUCUA